AUGUGGUUGCAGAUGCGGCUCUUCCCGCAGGUGCGGGACCACUUCAGCUUCCAGAGCUUCGGCAACGAGACCUUCCAGCAGCGGUACCUGGUCUCAGCAAAAUUCUGGGACAAAGGAUUUGGACCCAUCUUUUUUUACACUGGCAAUGAAGGUGACAUCUGGACUUUCGCUCAGAAUUCUGACUUCAUAUUUGAAUUGGCAGAAGAACAGCAAGCACUAGUGAUUUUUGCUGAGCAUAGGUACUAUGGGAAGUCUCUUCCAUUUGGCCCUGAGUCAACGCAGCGGCAGAAGACUGGUCUGCUCACUGUGGAACAAGCCCUGGCUGACUAUGCGGUGCUAAUUACUGAGCUCAAACAGCAGUACGGUGCCACAGACUGCCCUGUUAUUGCCUUUGGAGGCAGCUAUGGAGGAAUGUUGAGUGCUUACAUGAGGAUGAAAUACCCAAACAUUGUGGCUGGAGCAUUAGCUGCCAGUGCUCCUGUGUUGUCCGUGGCUGGGCUUGGAGACCCUGCUCAGUUCUUUAGAGAUGUAACUGCAGAUUUUCAGAAGUCUGUCCCAGACUGUGUCACAGCUGUCCGCAAAGCCUUCCAGCAAAUUAAGGAUCUGUCCCUGAGUGGAGCUUAUGAUAAAAUCAGCAGCAAAAUGGCCACAUGCAAUAAGAUCUCCAGCAAGGAAGAUGUUUACCAGCUUUUUGGGUUUGCUAGAAAUGCCUUCACCAUGAUGGCCAUGUUGGAUUACCCCUACAAAACUGACUUCAUGGGUCGUCUACCUGCUAAUCCAGUGAAGGUUGGUUGUGAGCAAAUCCUCGCACACACAGACCCAAUUCAAGGCCUGGCAGCUCUUGUUGGCGUGUUCUACAACUCCUCCGGCACGGCACUGUGUUACGACAUCUACCAGCUGUACCAGCCCUGCGCCGACCCAACGGGCUGCGGCAUCGGCCCGGACGCCGAGGCUUGGGACUACCAGGUGUGUACUGAGAUCAACUUAACCUUCAACAGCAACAACGUGACUGAUAUGUUCCCUGAGAUGCUCUUCACAGAGGCCAUGAGAGAGAAGUACUGCCAGAGCAAAUGGGGAGUGAGUCCACGGGCGUGCUGGCUGCGGACAAACUUCUGGGGAGGAGAUCUGAAAAGUGCAAGCAACAUCAUUUUUUCAAACGGAGACCUGGACCCGUGGGCUGGUGGUGGGAUAAAGAGCAGUCUAAGUCCUUCGCUAAUUGCAAUAACCAUUGAGGGAGGUGCUCAUCACCUGGAUCUCCGAGGACGUAACGCAGCUGACCCUCCGUCUGUCACUGAGGCACGCAAGCUGGAAGCGAGCAUCAUUAAUGACUGGGUGAAAACUGCCAGGAUGGAGAAAGCCUGGGAAAGGUUAGCUGGCACCGUGGCACGUGGAGCACUGUGA